AUGGCGCCCUCAGCCUGCUUCCUCUGUAAAACAGCCCGGGCGGUCAUCAUCCGACCCAAGAAUCGCCAAAAACUCUGCCGAACUUGCUUCCUCCACGUUUUCGAGUCGGAAGUGCAUGAGACAAUCACCAGCACAGGGCUGUUCCACCACGGCGAACGGGUCGCCAUUGGUGCCAGCGGCGGCAAAGACAGCACGGUGCUGGCGUCAGUGCUCAAGACGCUGAACGAACGCUACGAUUAUGGCCUGCAGCUAUGUUUGCUCUCAAUCGACGAGGGCAUCAAAGGCUACCGCGACGACAGCCUGGAGACGGUGAAACGCAAUGCACGGCAAUACGACAUGCCGUUGGAGAUCGUCGGGUACGGGGAACUAUACGGCUGGACGAUGGACCAGGUGGUAGCGCAGGUGGGCAAGAAGGGCAACUGUACCUACUGUGGAGUGUUUCGACGGCAGGCACUCGACCGCGGCGCCGAGCGCUUGGGCAUUCGCCACGUCGUGACGGGCCAUAAUGCCGACGACGUCGCGGAGACGGUCAUGAUGAAUCUGCUUCGCGGGGACCUGCCGCGGCUGUCGCGGGGUACAAGCAUCGUGACGGGGUCAGCGGCGUCGGACAUCAAGCGCAGUAAGCCGUUGAAGUACGCCUACGAGAAGGAGAUCGUGCUGUACGCCCACCACAAACAGCUGGAUUACUUCAGUACCGAGUGUAUCUACUCGCCUGAGGCGUUCCGGGGCAGUGCGCGCACGCUCAUCAAGGACCUUGAGAAAAUCCGGCCCAGUUCCAUUCUGGAUAUUGUGAAGAGUGGGGAGGAUAUGGCAGAUCUGGUCCCGCAUGAAAUCAAGAAGAGUGCGCAGACCGCAGCAGCAGGCGAGGAGUCUGCCGGAGGGUGUGGAAGCCAGAACGGCCGGACGCGUGGCGGCGAGAUGGCUGAAAUGGAGAAGAAGUUGGCGCAGGACGAGACGGCGGAGUCACGCGAAAUGGAGAUCAAGCUUCCGGCCAAGAAGCCGAGUAGGGCGCACAAGAUGAUCAAGACGCAGACCAUGGGCAACUGUGAGCGGUGUGGAUACAUCUCCAGUCAGAAAGUGUGCAAGGCAUGUGCCCUGCUGGAAGGGUUGAAUCGGAAUCGACCCAAGACGAUGAUCGAGGUGGGAUUGGAGGAGGAAGAGAGCAGUUCGACGUUGAUGAGACAGAUGGAGAGGGUCGAAUUAGGUUGA